AUGCCUGCCUACAAAAAUAAUUUGGAAGUGCUAAUAAAACAGGAUACCAAAUAAGGUAUGGGUCUAAUAGAUCAUGAAUAAACUGACACUUUUCAUAUGUGGAAAUUUCGAGGUGGGUCGACAACCAUUUAUGAAGAAAAUUCAGUUUACUUUGAGAGUAAUGAUACUAAGAGUAAUAAAAAGAUACUACUGAAGGUGAACAAAUAAACAAAUCAAUAUGAAAUCAUAUUAUCUGUGACUCAGCCUACAUUUAUUGUUGUAAAAGACAUUAAAUCAUCAAGUGGAUCUGAGUAUCCCAUUGUAGUCAAUUCAAUUAUUCGUCUAGGAAGAGUUGAAUACAGAGUCUUUGAAGAAAGAAACAUACAGAUGGAAAUUUUACAUGCUCCAAUCAAGCAUCAGGAUUGCCAACAAAUAAAUGACAUCAAUAAAAUUUACUAAUGCCGAUUCUGUUUCAUGGAAGGCAAUUAGAGUAGGGAUUAGUUGUUUUUAACUAACAUUUGCAAAUGUGCAGGCAAUAGUCAGGCAGUGCAUUUAGAAUGCAUGCGUUAUUGGGUAGACUCCAAUAUCACACGGGAGGAGACUCAAUUUGGAUUAUCAUUGAAAUGGAAGAAGCAACAUGAGUGCACCAUUUGCAAGGAGAGCCUACCAAUAAGAGUUCAAUUUGAGAAUGAAUAUUUCGAUCUAUUCACUCUUGAAAGACCUGAAUUGCAGUACAUUCUAGUCGAAAAUGUCAAUAGAGAGAAGAAUGUUUGUUGCGAGAUCUAUCUGAUACAUGCUCUUUUACAAGACAACAUUAAAUUAGGUAGAGGUUUCCAAUGCGAUAUCAAGGCAUAGGACAUCACUGUAUCUCGACAUCAUGCCACAAUCAAGUUAUCCAAGAGUAACUUUGUCAUCGAGGAUAACAAGAGCAGAUUCGGAACUUUGGUCUCAAUCAACCAAAAGUGCGAAAUUGAUUGUGCUGCUUGUGGUUUCUAGAUAGGCAAAUUACUCAUUAAUCUUAAUUAACAAGAUUAAAUUCUUAAAGGAGCACCAUCAACUUAACACAAAUUGACUUAAUUACCACAAAUUAGCAAACAACUAGAAGAAGAUGAACCUCAAAUGGAUGAUGACUCAUUUCAACUGGAAAAUAAAUGA